CUUGUCGUGUUUUCCUGACGGAUAUUUUAUUUCUUUUGAAAUCCGCAGCUUUCCAACGGAAUAUGAACACAUACUUUUGACAUAUGCUUUGUGUUCGAACUCUAAACUGCACGUGGUCAACAUGAGUGCCUACUUGCAAGCCGUUGGAUGGGUUUAUCCACUAUCCCCUAAAGUGACCACCAUCGGUCGAAGCGGUUGUGACAUUAUCAUUAACGUAAGUUCGCGUUACACGUUUGUAGCAUUUGAAUGUAAGAAUGCGUCUGUUGAUCAACAGCAUGCGGUGAUUGAACGGGAUGAGAACCAGAAUGUACACAUACUAAGAGAUCUUUGUUCCGAAAAGGGGACAUUUAUAAACAAUAUUCCGAUUCGAGAUGCAGCUGUGAUAUUAAAACAAGGGGAUCAGAUUCGAUUUGGGUCAUUUCCGACUGUUUACGGAUUUGAACUAGGAACAUUGACAGGAAGAUCUGGUCAGAGCGACCCGGCACAACUUCGUUCAGCUUUUGUGACAACCAGAGCAUCAGUGCCGCUUUGGGUACAAAGCAAUCAAACUGAAGGCAGGGCGAAUAAGUCUUCGAACGCUGACAACCCAGAUCAAAUAUUUUCGAAAAUUCAAACCCGAACUUCAGAUCGUGAAAAUUUAAAACAGCCAAGUGAAAAAUCAGAGGUUCGGAAAACUUCGGAAGAAGAACUGGCAGAAAAGGAUGCGCAAAUCCGGUGGUUUCAGAAGGAACUUGAUCGACUGGCGCCACUUGAGGCAAUCAGCAACCAAAAGGACAUUCUUAUCCGGCAGUUACAGGAACAGUUAUUCCAUAAAUCAAAUAACAGGCCACAGCAACCCUUCCCGCAGACAGAGGGUACUUCCUCAAUUCCAGCUCUACAUCUUGGAAAUGCCAUUACAUCUCGGACAGACGAAGGAACCAAGCCAUCAGCAGUUGAUCCUUUGUCCCGUUCAAAAUCCAACUCACUAAUUGUCUUGACAAGGAAGAGUGGUAAUGGGAAUUCUCCAGUCACAACCAGUCCCCCGAAUGGAGAAUUCGAUAAAAGCGCCUUCGAAAGAAUCAACAGAGAGAGAAAGGUUCUCAGCGGGUUGGUGACUCAACUUCAGGCCGAUUUGUCCAGAAAGGAUGACAAUAUUGCGCGGCUGUUAGAAGAAGUCAAAGGUUUGAGACAACAGCUGGAAGAGAGGGAAGUUGCGCUUGCCACACUGCAUGCAAAACACGCAAAUGCCAUCGAUGCCUCAGAACGUGCCAGAGAAAAUGAGGCCUACGAGAAAGCCAUGACUAUUCUGCGUCAGUAUGAAAGCUUGCGCAAUCGAAUUAUGCGGGCGUUAUUUGCAGUGAAGCUCAACCAACCAUCUAAGACUAACACAUCUGAAGCCGGAGAUUGCCGGAAUGAAGCCGAAACGUCUGUAGCCUGUUUGGACUCCAUCUUAAUCGGAGAUUGGGAUGAUCCAGCAGGGAGAGAAAGAUCAAACAAUGCUCUGGUGGACGACAUGGAUGAUAAUCACAUUGUCGACAGAUUACAAACCAUGAUCGAACAAAUGUUGCGGCUAAAAAGACAAGUUUCGGAGGAAGAAGAACAGAGGAGGAAACGACGCACACUUGAUCGUGGCAUUGAGAAUGAUCUAGAUAUUUUCGUUAACUUACUGGUCGAUGUUGGGGAACCAGCUUUCGAAUCCACCAAGUUUCGGUCCUCACUUCGAAUUAAAAAUCAGCUGGAUAGGAUAGCAACCCACUCCACUCCAUUCAAGUGUCUGCAGCGACUACAGAAUACACUGGUAGAUGAACUUGAAAAGCAACUGGCCAAAGCGCAGCAAAUAGAAAACUGUGUCCGUGAAACAGUAUCCAAACUGAAAGGUGUCUAUCCUGAUUUUGACGUGAAUACUAACGACACAGUGGAUGACCUUAUUACCAUUCUCCGGCGAUUAAUUGGGCUUAUCCGGUCUGCGCAAUGUGACCGAGAAGAGCUUCAGAGGCGUCUGAGUGACACUGAACACAACCACCGGGAGGAACUGAAGACGUUAGAAAUGGAUGUUCGACGUGAUCUACAACGGAAAAUUGAUGAUGCUUUGGCACGAAAUAAUGAAGAACAUGCUGAGAAGCAACGAAGAGCCAUCGAAGAAGUGACGCAGAUGGAAACUAACCGCAAUGAACAAAUGUUGGUCGUCAAGCAGGCGAUUAUUGACGAACUGGAACGUAAACUGCAGGAAGCACAGCAACUGUUAUCAAAACACCAAGCGAACUUUGAGUCAGAACGCCGAAAUUUCGAAGUGAAAUGUAGUGAAUUGGAAGAUUUACAGAAGCAGAUUGGUGAUAAGGAUUCUGAGCUGACAAAACUUCAGGCUAAACUGGAACAGGUGAAAAUAUCGACAGAAAGAGCAACGGAAGCAAUUUGUGAGGAACGAUGGAGAAACGAGGUGGCUGCACAUAGAGAGCAGGCAAAACAACACGCUCGAACUAUUUGUGUGUUGGAGGACAGACUGAUGAAAUUGGCAAAACAGGCGAAGGAAACAAAGACGGAAAUCCAACAUCUGAAACGCCAAAAUUCAGCUACAUCUUCCUAUUUUUGCCUUCUAAUUCGAAGGACAGUAAUGGAAGCUGUUUGUGAACUGCAAUCUGAACACAAAAUGCUUCAAAGCCGUUUCGGUGAAACACAACAAUUGCUCUCGUCGGCGAGGCGCAAGUCAUCAGAGGACCUCGCUGAUCGACAUCAAACCAGUGCAAACGGAGAGUAUCCUAUCAAACAAAAAGAAGUGGAAUUCAUGCAGUUAGAAAUCUCCAGACUGAAACAAUUGCUGGAUGAUCGUGACGUGCUGAUUGAGUCAUUACGAGCAGACUUGCGAGGCUCAAGGGCUCAACUCAGUGACCUGCGUGGUGAACUGUCGGAAGCUCAGAAGGAAGAAGUUGAAUGCGCAAUUGAGUUCGGGAAGCGCGUUAGUGCCGAGUUGACUGACGCCAAGGCUAAACUUUCACAACAAGAGCACGUUAUUCAGGGACUCCGUGAUCAGACGGCUGAAAAAGAUGCAAAUUUGAAAAAGCAAGUAGCAGCCAUAGAAGAGCUGCGGAAAACAAUGACAGCACAGGAGGAAGAGAUCUCUCGCUUGACCGAGCUACUGGAAUGCGAAAAGAGUAAACAGUCCAAAACUUUGUCUAAAGGCCAGUCACUGAAGAAAACAACGGAAGACCUAGCUGCACUUGGAAGCGAAUGCCGUGGGGAACGUCAUCGAGAAACCAUUGAAAAGCAACGAGACGCCUUGUGUCAACUGCGGCAACAACUUCAGGAACAAUCUUAUCUUGGUCGCUGUGGUGACCAGUCCGAACAACCCCGCGAACUGGCAAGUCUUCGUCGGGAAAUCGCUGAACUUCGCAGUCAACAGAUCAUGUCCGAAGUUCUUCCAUCCCUCCCCGGACCACAAGGUCAACGUAUGCUGGCAUUAGACAAAGGUUGGAGUGCAUCAGAUGAAGGUUAUUCAACUUGCAGAUGUGAAAGGACGAAGGUUGAUACCGCGACUGACGUACUUCAUGUUUCUGAAGAAGGUUAUCUCGAUUUGGUGAAGUCCAUUGCUGAGCAACUGCAACUCGGUACACUUCCUGGUCAGCGGUCACUCACGUAUGCCUCUGCAUUGGAUCGCGAUACACUUAAGCGGGAGCGCAGGCAGGUCACUGAUCUUUUGAGGCAACGCAUCGCGGCGCUACAAGAACAAGUACACCGGAAAGAGCAGUUACUGGCUAAUUAUGAGCGCGAUAUGUGCCGGCUCACACAAGCCGAAACUUUGGUGGCACUGAAGGGGGAACAGAUUGAAAACAUGUUCUCCAACCUGCGAUCCAAGGAAAGUGAAAUUUCACUCCUGCGCCACGCACUGAAUCAGACCCGCGAACAGCUGAUGGAAGAAAAAAGACUGUCUGCGGCAAAGAAGGGACGGACCACCAAGACGAGUCAACAAAUCCGGGCUAUCUCAAGCGCAGCCCGCAGAAAGGAAUCCCACGUCUCAACCCAAAGCUCCUCGGGAACAGAACAAACGAAGAAGGAGCCGUUGAAGAAGCAGCAGUGUGAGAGCAAAGUCCUGAGAAACGAACGCUGUAGAUACGAGCAACGAUACAGUGGUGGAACCGAGGAGAUUACGAAUCUGAGACCCGAUGCCCUG